UGGGUAAGGUGGUGGGUAGGUAUGUGAGCGUGUGUGCGUGGGUGCUCCGUGUCCCCGGGAGUGAUAACCGGUGCCUGGUCAUAAUGGCACCAUUCUUGCAACAGACGCCGAGACGGAAGCACCGCCGUCCCCCGCCUUGACCAGUGCCAGUCUACUGCAUGACACUCUGAGGAACGGUGCCAAUAGGAUCUUGGACCGAGUAGCCUCCGCCCGCCUCUGCUGCCUGCCUGUCUGCUUAGAGCUCUUGAGUAUUUCAGAAGAGCGAUCGACGAUUUUUGAAGAAGGAGUUUCCAUGCGAUUUUUCUUUUUUAUCUGUGAGAACUUUUGAACCUUUUUACUUUCGAAAGGAAAGCGCAAGAAGAACUCCCGAGUGAACGUUUCCGAUGAAGUACUGUGAACUUAAUUACUGAUGAAUAUUUUGCGACGCUAAGAAAUUGCUGUUGUUGAAUGCACUGUAGAACAAAUAUUAGUUUUCCUACGAGGAAGUGAUCACUACAAGAAGAAAGUGCGAACACAUUCCGUUGAUCAGGCCUCAGUCUACAUCAGGUGAUCACAGCUGACAUCAUGAAGAAGUGUUGCUGGUGUUGCAUCAGCCUCCAGAAGGGAGUGGUGGCCAUCGGCGUUCUCAGCAUGAUCGCCUCCACGCUCCUGACGGUGGGCUACGGCGCCGUCUCGGCCACCCUGGAGGAGCACGUCGCGGCCUGCAGGAGCGGAGAGCCCAAGGACCUGCUGGGACUCCUGCCGACGUGCGAGGCCCUUGGGGACGCCGGCACCCUCUUGGCCGCCCGGAUCUUCGUGUACGUGCAGGUGGCCGUGUGGCUGCUCUUCCUCGUUUUCUCUGUGCUGCUCAUCGUCGGCGCCGUCAAGGAGCGGAGCGGUCUGCUGGUUCCCUGGCUGGUGUUGUCCGUGGUGGUGAUGGCGGCCGUGGUGUGGGCGGGGGUGCGGGCGGCCCUGCACCACCACACCUUCGACCUCCUCGCCUCGGUGCUCGCCCUCGCCGUCUGCGCCUACUUCUGCCUCGUCGUCCGUUCGUACUCGAAGCUCGUCAAGAAGCAGGGUCUCGUGCCGGUGCUCGUGCCCUCCACCUUCCACGCCCACCUGCGCCGCCCGUGCGAGUGCUGCUGCGAGGACGAGGUCUUGUCGACGCCCACAGUCGGCUCCCGCGCCCAAUCCCACAGCCAGCGUCGCCUCGCUGGGUCUCAGCAGGGGCGUGACCAGCCACCUGCCUACUCCCCGCGCCCACCAACGCCCACGAAGAAGGGCCCGCCGCCCACGGGGCUCGGAUUCAAAAUUUGAAGGGCGGACGUUCAAGUGUGGAGAAAUCUUGCAGACGUUCGUUAUACUUUAUGUGAUUUGAUGAGAAACUGUGGUCGGUUAUUAUUAUUACCAUAGUUAUUAUUUUUAUUUUGCAAGUACAACGUACAACAACC